AUUUUAUUAUCGCAUUAGCUAUCAUUAUCGGGUUAUGAUCGGCGUAUAGUGUGCAUGUAAACGCACUCAAUGAUUGACCGCAAAUAAUACUGCCUGCUUGAAGUAGCGAAACUUAAAUCCUAUGACCUGCUUGGUUGACAUGAUUUAGCAUAUUAAGUUACGUAUCUACUUAUUCCUAACGUGGAAUAAGCGUGUGGAUGAAGUAAAAUAAUCUUGAUUGAUGACGCCUAUUUGUUAUUCGACCCUUUUACGUCCUACCCACUGCAGACAGAGCAGCAAGACAGGUACUGUCCCUUUAAAUGCAAAGCGUGUUCCUCUCAAAGCAGGGAACACCGUAGGGUUCCACUGGAGAGACUGGCCGUUGUCUAACCAGGCAUCACCCAAUUUACGUCGUUUAGAAAAAUGGAGCGCCAAAAAGGUUUUUCAAAUCUACCCAAAACAACCAGAUGACACUUUUGCGGAGGGCUUUUGGUCACAUUCAUUCUCCAAGUCGGGCGCUUCCCUGACAGCAAGACAGAGCCUCGCCUCUUUCCCAUCAAUCGAACGGUGCAGGACCCUCUUGUUCGUCUACCGGCUACCGCAAGGCAGACGAUGAGAUGUCCGGAACUACUUCGCAGGCGGAUCCCAUAGAUGCCACAGCACGGAUGGUCAUGCUCAACCGGCCACAGACCACCAAAUUCUGUGACAACCAUGUCAGUACCACUAAGUACGGGGUGCUCACCUUCCUGCCCCGAUUCCUGUAUGAGCAGAUCCGUCGCGCUGCCAACGCCUUCUUCCUGUUCAUCGCCCUGAUGCAGCAAAUUCCGGACGUGUCACCGACGGGUCGCUACACCACCCUGGUGCCUCUUAUCUUCAUCCUCACGGUGGCUGGGAUCAAGGAGAUCAUCGAGGACUACAAAAGACAUAAGGCAGACAACACUGUGAACAACAAGAAGACCACAGUUCUCCGGAGCGGAGCGUGGCAGACCGUCAUAUGGAAACAGGUGGCAGUAGGAGACAUAGUGAAGGUGACCAAUGGGCAGCACCUUCCGGCUGACAUGGUCAUAGUGUCCUCCAGUGAGCCCCAGGCCAUGUGCUACACAGAGACCUCCAACCUGGACGGAGAGACCAACCUGAAGAUCCGACAGGGUCUCUCGCUCACGGCUAGCCUGCAGUCCCUGGAGGAGCUGAUGAGUCUGUCUGGUCGUCUGGAGUGUGAGGGGCCCAACAGACACUUGUACGACUUCACAGGGACGCUACGCCUGGAGAACCACAUCGCGGUUCCCCUCGGUCCAGACCAAGUGUUGCUUCGUGGCGCCCAGCUCAGGAACACGCAGUGGGUGGUGGGAAUCAUAGUCUACACAGGGCAUGACUCCAAGCUGAUGCAGAACUCGACCAAGGCACCUCUGAAACGCUCCAAUGUGGAGAGAGUGACAAACAUGCAGAUCCUGGUGCUGUUUUGCAUCCUCCUGGUGAUGGCGCUAGUGAGCUCAAUAGGUGCUGCCAUCUGGAACAAGCAACACACCGAGGAGGCCUGCUGGUACCUGUCUCGUAAAGGUGACAUCUCCACUAACUUCAUGUACAACCUGUUGACGUUUAUCAUCCUCUACAACAACCUGAUCCCCAUCAGUCUGCUAGUCACUCUGGAGGUGGUCAAGUUCACACAAGCCCUCUUCAUCAACUGGGAUGAGGAGAUGUACUACUCAGAGACAGACACCCCCGCCGUGGCUCGGACGUCCAAUCUGAACGAAGAACUGGGCCAGGUGAAGUAUCUGUUUUCUGACAAGACAGGGACUCUCACCUGUAACAUCAUGCACUUCAAGAAGUGUACCAUAGCUGGAAUCACAUACGGGCAUUUCCCUGAUCUGGACUGUGAUCGCUCCAUGGAAGACUUCAGUCACCUCCCGCCCAGCAGCAAAGACUCCACAGAGUUUGAUGACCCCACACUCGUCCAGAACAUAGAGAAUCACCCCACGUCCGCUCAGAUCUGUGAGUUCCUCACCAUGAUGGCAGUGUGUCAUACUGUGGUCCCGGAGAGAGACGCAGACCAGCUCAUCUACCAGGCCUCCUCGCCAGACGAGGGGGCAUUGGUGAAAGGAGCCAAAGGACUUGGCUUUGUCUUCACUGCAAGGACCCCACACUCUGUCAUCAUUAAUGCUAGAGGAAAGGAUAUGACUUUUGAGCUUCUGAAUGUGCUGGAGUUUUCAAGCAACCGUAAACGCAUGUCCGUGGUGGUCAGAACCGCCAGUGGGAAACUGCGUCUGUACUGCAAGGGAGCGGAUAAUGUGAUCUUCGAGCGCCUGACAGAGGCGUCCCAGUACAAGGAGGUGACCAUCGCUCACUUGGAGCAGUUUGCCACCGAGGGUCUCAGAACUCUGUGCUUCGCCUAUGUGGAUCUGGAGGAGGGGGCGUACCAGGACUGGCUGAAGGAGUACACCCGCAUCAGCACCGUGCUCAAAGACCGCGCCCAGAAACAAGAGGAGUGCUACGAACUACUGGAGAAGAACCUGCUGUUGUUGGGAGCCACUGCCAUAGAGGACCGUCUCCAGGCGGGGGUUCCAGAGACCAUCGCUACUCUGAUGAGGGCCGACAUCAAGAUCUGGGUGCUCACAGGGGACAAGCAGGAGACGGCCAUCAACAUUGGUUACUCCUGUCGCCUGGUGACACAUGGCAUGUCCCUCAUCAUCGUCAACGAGGACUCACUGGACGCGACGCGCGCCGCCCUGACGGCCCACUGCUCGUCCCUGGGAGACUCUCUGGGGAAGGAGAACGAGCUGGCGCUCAUCAUAGACGGGCAGACGCUGAAGUACGCCCUCUCCUUCGAGCUGCGCCAGGCCUUCCUGGACCUCGCGCUCUCCUGCAAGGCUGUCAUCUGCUGCCGAGUGUCCCCCCUCCAGAAGUCAGAGAUAGUGGACAUGGUGAAGAGGCACGUGAAGGCCAUCACCCUGGCGAUCGGGGACGGGGCCAACGAUGUGGGCAUGAUCCAGACCGCCCACGUGGGCGUGGGCAUCAGCGGCAACGAAGGCAUGCAGGCCACCAACUCCUCCGACUACUCCAUAGCACAGUUCUCCUACCUGGAGAAGCUGCUUCUGGUCCACGGGGCCUGGAGCUACAACCGUGUCACCAAGUGCAUCCUGUACUGCUUCUACAAGAACGUGGUGCUCUACAUCAUCGAGCUCUGGUUCGCCUUUGUGAAUGGCUUCUCGGGGCAGAUCCUGUUUGAGCGCUGGUGCAUAGGCCUCUACAACGUGAUCUUUACAGCGCUCCCUCCCUUCACUCUGGGCAUCUUCGACCGGCCGUGCAGUCAGCAGAACAUGCUACGCUUCCCCGAGCUGUACCGCAUCACACAGAACGCAGAGGGCUUCAACACCAAGGUGUUUUGGGGUCACUGUAUCAAUGCUUUAAUCCACUCAAUAAUACUUUUCUGGUUUCCACUCAAAGCCUUGGAGCACGAUUCAGCGUUCAGUAACGGCCAUGGGAAUGACUACCUGUUUGUGGGGAACAUGGUCUACACAUAUGUUGUAGUAACAGUGUGUUUGAAAGCGGGUAUGGAGACCACUGCCUGGACCAAGUUCUCUCACCUAGCAGUGUGGGGCAGCAUGGUGCUCUGGAUGGUCUUCUUUGCUGUCUACUCUGCCAUCUGGCCCUCCAUACCCAUCGCCCCCGACAUGCUUGGACAGGCUGGGAGGGUCAUGCAGUGCUGGCACUUCUGGCUGGGUCUGGUCCUGGUCCCGGCAGCUUGUCUACUCAAAGACUUUGCGUGGAACGCGGGCCGUCGCACGGUUUGGAAGUCUCUCCUGGAGGAGGUGCAGGAGCUGGAGGCGCGGGCCGUGGACCCCGGGGCGGCUGUACUCCGAGACGCCAGCGGCCGCAGUCUAAACGAACGUGCCCAUCUGCUGACCCGGGUAUUUAGGAAAGUGCCCUCCGGAGGGGCGCGCUCCAGCUCUGUUCAGCAGACCGUGUCACAUGGCUACGCUUUCUCUCAGGAGGAACAUGGGGUGGUGUCUCAGUCCCAGGUGGUGCGUUCCUACGACACCACGCGCCAACGGCCCAGCCUCUAGCCCGCCCCCCCUCACCCCCCCUCACCCUCACCCCCCAUACCCCAACCCUCCCACCCCCUCUCUGCUCCUGAACGGCUUCGGUUGCCAUGGCGGCAGAGACAGACAGACUAUGUAACCCCGCCCCUGUGCUGGGUGAGCCUGCUGUGGCCUUAAUGGAACCCUGACCUUGACCCCUCCCCGGAGGUCGUCGCUAGGCGUGGAGUCCGUUGCUAAGCACCCUGAACUGACUUGGAGAAAGGAUCGGGGGGCCAACUAGACUGACAAAAUGGUCUCUACACACACAGACACACACCUACAAGACAAACAGGCAUGAAUAAUCAUAUCCGUUCACAGGCAUGAGAAAUCAAACUCAGAGACUAAUAUGUGUAUCAUGUAAAUCACACACAGGUUUUAACAGAUGCCACUGUGUGUGAGCGUUGUGUGUGCGUGCUCCUGUGUGUCUGUGUCUGCUUGUGCAUGUGUGUCUGCACGUGCACCAUAUGUGCUUCAGUGUGUGUGUGUGUCUGUGUGUGUUACUGCGUGAGUGUUUGUUUCCACGGCUCCCUCUCAUCUCCUCCUAAGCUGAGGCUGAACCCGUCCGGGUGAGGGGGGUGGAGGAGGGGGGGACAGCAAACCCUGCGGCCCAGAUGGAACCCUCCAGGAUGGUGAGGCUAAGGCCCCUCCAGCACACUGCUUCAGCUCAGCUUUCCCAUGGCUCCUGGUGCCACCCCCACCCACCACCACCACCCGUCUACCUCCCCCUCCCUCCACCCUCCUCCACCCAGCCUCACUGCCAAAGACCACAGAGAUGCCACUGAGGCAGAACCGUGACCCCCCUAAACUCUCGCUCUCCAUCUGGACCACCCUCUACACACGCAGGAGUCCCUACCCCCUCUCUCUCUGUUUCUAUCUCUAUCCAUCCAUUUCCCUCCUGGCUGUCUGUCUCUCUCCCCGGCUCGGCGGCCUCCGCGUCCUCCUGCUCCCCGCUGCGUCUCCCCGUCCUGCUGGGUUGAAUCUGUUUCUGUUGUAUUCCGGUACGUUUCUGUGAUCCCCGCCUGCCUGUCGCCCGGCCCCAGGGGGCAGCAGCCCGGCCACAGCUCUUCCUCUCACCUCUGUCGGGUUUUAACACAUUUACUGGAUUUUUUUGUUGAAUAAAAAUGGACUUGUCUCUGUG